UCAGUCGCUGUUGUGGCUGCGAGGAAGAGCAGUCGAGCAGUGUGUUGGUUGACCGUCAUUCAGCCGGAGGCGUAACGGGAGUAUCUUAAACUGAGCAAAUAACCGAAAACAACAACUACUGGUCUCUGAACGAACUCCAGCGUAGCACAACACAGUUAAUUCUGCAGGUGCAAAGAAAGCUAAAGAAAAGUCCCAGAGGAGCUUUCUGAAGGUGGACGGGAUGUUCAGCCAGUUGUUUGUUUAUUUCUAAAUGGAUUAGAAGAGGUGAGCAUCCUUGCAGUUGUCACUGUCAAAAUUUAGGGCAGUUUGUGACCAUGCGCUGUCUGGCUGCACGGGUCAACUACAAGACCCUUAUUGUUAUCUGCGCCCUCUUCACACUCAUCACCGUCUUGCUAUGGAACCGCUGCUCCAGUGACACCUCCAUACGCUUCCUACCCCGGGCUUCCUUUGUGGUUCCAAGUCCUAAGAUUGGAGAUGAGAGCAUUAGCAGCCAACAACAUCCUCCCCAACCUCCAGAGCCCCCGCCCGUGGUUGGAGUUCUCGGUGGGAUCAAGUAUGAAGAGAUUGACUGUCUUAUCAAUGAUGAAUCCACUAUCAAAGGCAGGCGAGAAGGCGGAGAGAUCUACCUGCCUUUCAGCUGGAUGGAAAAAUACUUUGAGGUGUACGGCAAAAUGGUGCAGUAUGAUGGCUACGAUCGUUUUGAGUUCCAGCACAGCUACUCGAAGGUCUACGCCCAGCGUGAACCUUACCACCCUGACGGAGUCUUCAUGUCUUUCGAGGGAUACAAUGUGGAGGUUCGCGACCGUGUCAAGUGUAUCAGUGGAGUUGAAGGUGUGCCUCUGUCCACUCAGUGGGGACCUCAGGGCUACUUCUACGCCAUCCAGAUCGCCCAAUAUGGUUUGAGCCAUUACAGCAAAAACCUGACUGAGCGUGCCCCCCACUUGGAGGUCUACGACACAGCCGAGGAGAGGGACAGCAGGGCCAGCUCGGCAUCUUGGAGUGUGCCAAAAGGUUGCGCUCUCAGCCGUGUCUACGACAAGACCAGAUCUACCUCUGUGCGUCAGUUCAGUGCUGCAGAAUCUUCAGAAGGUGUGUCUCUACAGCUGGGCAACUCCAAAGAUUUCAUCAUUAGCUUGGACAUCAAGUUCGUCUCCAACGGCAGCGUGUCUGUGAUUCUUGAAACCACAGAGAAGGGCCUGCCUUUCACCAUCCACUAUGUUACCAGCACACAGCUCAUCUCCUUCAAAGACCGUGACAUCACCUACGGUAUCGGACCACGAGCCACCUGGAGCACGCUGACCCGAGACCUGCUAACCGACCUCAGGAAGGGAGUCGGACUGUCGAACACAAAGGCCGUCAAAGCCACAAAGAUCAUGCCCAGACGGGUGGCCCGGCUAGUCUUACACGGGCGUGGCUUCGUUGACAACGUCACCAUCUCCACCACCGCCCACAUGGCUGCCUUUUUCGCAGCAAGCGACUGGCUGCUGCGCAACCAGGACGAGCGAGGCGGAUGGCCCAUCAUGGUCACCCGAAAACUAGGCGAGGGCUUCCGGCCUCUGGAGCCCGGCUGGUACUCAGCCAUGGCUCAAGGCCAGGCCAUGUCCACCCUGGUGAGAGCCUACCUUCUCACCAAGAACCAGGCUUACCUCAACGCUGCUCUCAAGGCAGUAGGACCCUACAAGGUGCCUUCAGCGCAGCAUGGGGUCAAAGCAGUGUUCAUGAACAAAUAUGACUGGUAUGAAGAAUACCCCACCACCCCCAGCUCAUUUGUCUUGAACGGCUUCAUCUACUCCCUGCUGGGACUCUACGACUUGGCUGAGACAGCCAGAGAGAAACUGGGCAGGGAGGCAGGGCAGCUGUUCAGUCGUGGCAUGGAGUCACUGAAAGCCAUGCUGCCCCUCUAUGACACGGGGUCUGGAAGCAUUUACGACCUGCGUCACUUCAUGCUGGGCACCGCGCCUAACUUAGCUCGCUGGGACUAUCACACCACGCACAUUAACCAGCUACAGCUGCUGGCAUCUAUAGACAACUCCCCCAUCUUCAAGGAUGUCGUAAAACGCUGGAAAAACUACUUAAAAGGGAUUCGUGCCAAGCACAACUAGUCAGACUAAUAAACCACAGAUUUUACAGCUGAAACGAGAUGAGGAUCGAUAUAUUCUGAGCUGAUCAGAUGAUUGAAUAAGAGGCGAGCGCUUACUUUCAGUCUGCGUCCACCUUUCUUUUGGUUGAGGUUCAAAAUCUGAAGGGAUGAGUUCAGUCAGCUGCAGCGCUCAAUACUAAAACUUUCUAGUGUGCUCUGUUGCAGGUUUUAUAUUUUCAGCAACGUCGACUGUAGCUCUCUCGUUUUGUUAUGUUUCCUAGUGUUUGUAAUUAUGCACAGACCUAGUUUUAGAGUGCGAGUGUUUGCAUUCAGGAAGAAUAAAUGUGUGUUUUGUUAAAAAGAAAAAUCAAUAUAUGAUGUUGGAGAAAGACAAAACUCCUUGAACCACUUUUUUUUUUUUUUUUACAUUUGUUUUAGUCAUCCAACUUUUUUCUUUUUUUUUCCCUUUAAUUUUAGAUUUACAUUUAAAGAUUAUCAAAACUGUGAAUAACUGAGUAUAUGAUAAAGUAUUUGGAGGAAAAUGUUGCCAAAAAGAAAUGAAUAUAAUGAAAGUUAGAUACUUUUGGUUUUGAUUUCUCUACAAGCUGAAGAGUCAGAUAUUUUUUGUUCGCAAACCCAGUUUCUUUUCGAGCCUGUUUUCUCUUAAAGACUCUGAUGACAAAUAAUUUCAUUGGGGUCGAUUAUGUUUUUACUUUAAUAAGCUUACUCCUAAUUUUUGCUCUUUUAAUAUGAACAUUAGGGUCUGGAUUAGAUGUCUAUUAAGCUACUUGAAAUCAGCUCUGAGGAAUAAACAAUCAUACUCGAGUGUUCCCGCUGCAGUCCCUGAGAUAAACCCAUCAGGCUUGCAACAGUCUUUAAACCCUAAUUAAUAAUUUAUCAUAAUUAGCUGUGUGCGCUGAAGCCACUGUAAUGUUGGUACCAGUGUGAGACUCCUGCUGUCUAUGCAUGUUUUAGUUGGUUGGUUUCAAAACAAAACACAAGUAACGACACAAAUAACCUCUGAAUUACUUUACAUUCAGCUCGGAAAAACAUGGCUGUGAUAUGUAGUACAAAGGUGAUCACAAAUGAGAGAAAAGGUUUAUGUAGGAAAAAGUUCCAGUUAAUCAGGCUUUUAAAACGUAUAACUCAGGAAGUUCACCUUUUUAAAGGUGUGUUGGCAGCAUUUACAGCUCAGAUUUCAAACUGCAGGCGUAAAUUAGUCGGAUGUGACUCUCAUAUAGUCAGAUUUCUGGUCAUUCUUUUAUAUAUUCCCUCAUCAAUCAUUGCAAAUUAAAGAAAAAAAUCCACUUUAGCUGCUGAUUAAUCAAAAUCUUGCUAAAAUUUCAGGCAAAUUUUAGUUGUAGCUAUGCCUUUGCCCAUUUUCUUGCGGCCCCCCGUCCCCCUUUUGUAACUGUGUUUACAUGAAGACUUAUCUCUGCAGCUCAUACUUUUAAAAAAAACAAAAACAGACCAUAAUUACCAGAUACAGGAGUAGGUGGUUUUGAUGCCCAUGUUGUGUGUCGGGGUAUAUAGACGUGGGCUGCAGAUACACAGCUGUGUCUCGUUGCCGUGCCAGUUCGUAGCAUUUAAAUAAACAAUGCCAGCAGUGCUAAAGCUGUGGGUGCAUAAAUUCUUCAGCACAAAGAGGCUGCUGGUCCCCGCAGGCUCUCUUGUUUCUCUCACCUGCCGUGAGUUCAUGAACUCAGCAGUUUUAAUCUGAGCGCUGCCCCGUUGACCACUGAGUGAGGAGAAAGACGCUCACAAUUCACCCGGCUAAUAGGGCCGAGAGGCUGCGCACAGUGCAGGGACUAGUCACGGAUGAGUCAGCACUCAAACAAAAUUAAGCGCCGUCCUCGGCAUCAAUGAAGCUUUCACCAAACCACCUUAAAGAUGAUUGAGAGGCAGAAGAUUCAGUAUGACCCAUUCUUUGGAGUCUACUGAGGGAUUUCUAUAAAACUUUGAGGAAAAAAAUCAUUUUCCCAUGCAGUCAACAAAUUAUACUAAAUAAAAUAAGCAUGCGAUUCAGUGGAUGUGUUUAUAUGCACAGCAAUAUUUUGAUAAUAAUAAAGAUCCUACUUUUUUUGGGGGGGUGGCGCAUUUUCUGAUCACCUCAACCUGAUUAAGGUCAUGUUUAGAUUAAUUUGAGUUGAGUGAAUCCUUUUGGAGUGUUCCAGUUCCAGUUAUGUUGGGUAGAUGAGUUUACACCCUAAUUGCACUUUAACCUCCUUCAUCUUGUGACCCACACUGCUCUUUUUCUUUUUAUCAGCAUGGGAUAAAAGGGCAGUUUGGGGUGUUGCAGCAUGUUUUCUGGGAUAUGGAAGCUAAUGAAGGAUUUGGUUGAGCACAAACACUGCAGUGGCAUAGGAGGCUGUAAUAUGGCCAUGAAUCAGUAAUCAGACUCUCUAGAAUGUUAACAGGAAUAUAAAUGGAGCUUCCUAUGUGAAACGUAAACACCAUAAUGGGAAUAUGAGUUUUUGAUGUGCAUGUAAACAUAGACAUUUUGAAGUCAUAAUGGAGCAAGAAAUACCAAAUGUUCUCAAGUAGAAGAACCACUGUCAAGAUAAAUUUAAAAUGCAUUGGACUGGUUUGUACAGAAAUGCUAGAACAUGUGCAGGUAAUCAGUUUUAUUCACAACAUACAGUACAUGUACUGUGUAAUUUCUAGUCAGUCUUUUUCUUUAUUUCUUUUAUUUCCUGAAGACCAGCAGAUUUGGUUUUGGUUUAUUUUUUAUAUCCACGCUGAUUCCUGUUUUGUUCACUUUCUGUUGUCAUCUCCUCCCCAUGAGUAUUUCCAUGAGUUACAUUUUUCCAUUUCAUUAAGGCAAGUAUAAUCGUGUCAUUAAAAGGGAACAUUCAGGAAUAGAAGUUUUCCGUGUGAAUGACGAGCUCCAUGUGGUUUAUACCAAAGUCAUUUUUUCAGUUAUGUUUGAAUUUUUAUAUUUUUUCUGCAAACUGACUUCCAUUCUGCAUUUUGGUGAUAAGUCUCGUUGGAGAUGUCAUGGAGAGACACUGCCUUUUGAGAAAUGCUAGUUUUCCAGCCGUAGGUGGAGUAUAUUAUAGCAAAAACAAGACAUGUAAAACUUGCUUAUUGUAAAGGGGUUGUGUGCAACUAGAGAUUAGUCAGCUACUGUUUUAAAGGGAAAUGAGCCAGUAGCUGCAACUUAUUCUUGAAAGUGUUUUUGUUUAGUCUAAAUUGUUUUUGAAGUGUUAGAAUCACCUGCAGAAGAUUAAGUUGUGUUAGGUUAACAGAAGCACAACUGCCGUUUUAUUGUCACAUGAUUUUGGGAUUCUUAUUUUCUUUUCAAGACAAUGUGCAACGCCUUCAUUAAGAAAGCUGCUAUUGUUGUUCACUGUGUAACAGCUUCCUUUUUCUCAUUUCAGUAGUAUCUUUCAUCAUCCUACUUUAAAAAAGAAAAGGAAAAAAAAAACUUCUACAAAUGACCUUUGAGGUCAGUGUGAUUUAUGCAAUAAGAUGUUAACUGGGAAUCGUGGCACCAUGACAAACCCAGAGCGGUUGUACAGACUUUGCAAUUGAAGCACAAUGUGCAAAUGCUACCAUUUUUUUUAGUCCAAGGAACAGAGGCGUUUAUAUACAGAGGAAAUCUUUGUGCUUUAAAAUUUGCUUUUUAAAGGAGGGUAUAAGACAAAUAAAAGCAUUUUU